CGGUGCGUUUAUAAGCAGGCCCAUCACGUCGUCGAGUCUCGACGAAUCAUGGUGGCAGUUCGUUCGGGCCGAGCCGGCAUUUUGGCAAACAACGUCAUCGCUCGACAUUGCUCAUGAGGGUACUAAGAGCAGCACAGCACCCAAGUAACCGAAGAUCAAGUUGAACUGUAUUGCGACGAGUUCAAUUAAACCACUCAAAGCUUCAGGACCCCAACUGCAACGCAAGAACCUACAGCUAACACAAGAUGUCUCACCACGUCCUACUCAUCGGCGGUCACGGCAAGGUCUCCCAACUCCUCACCCCUCUCCUCCUUUCAAGAUCCUGGAAUGUCACAUCCGUCAUCCGAACAGCAGACCAGAAGCCUACAAUCGAAGCUCUUGGCAAGAAUCAGCCCGGCAAGCUCGAUGUACUCAUCAGCAGCGUCGCCGACGUCAAGACCGAAUCCGAUGCAAAGCAAAUCAUCGAGCGCGUGAAGCCUGACUGGGUGGUCUGGAGUGCUGGCGCUGGCGGCAAGGGUGGUGCCUCGAACACAAUUGCUGUUGAUCACGAUGCGGCUAUUGCAUUCACCAAGGCUAGCAUUCACACGCCCAGCGUCAAGAAGUUCCUCACAGUUUCAUACCUGUCCAGCCGAAGGGGCAAGCCAAGCUGGUGGAGCGAUUCGGAUUGGGAGACCGCGCAAAAGACCAACAAUGAGAUCCUACCGACGUACUACAAGGCCAAGGUUGCGGCGGAUGAGGUCUUGACCGUACUAUCACGCGAGCGAUUGGAAAAGGAAGCCAGAGAUGGUGUACCUGAGAAGGAGCUUUUCGCUGGCAUCAGUCUAAGGCCCGGUGGCUUGACGGAGGAGAAGGCUGGUGGGGUCAAGGUUGGCAAGAUCGGGGUAGGGGCCAAGACUAGCCGUCACACCACAGCACAUGCUAUCGUUGCGGCGCUGGAGACUGGCUUCAAAGGUUGGCUUGAUGUCAUUGACGGCGAUGAGGAUCCGAAGACUGCCAUUCAGAAGCUGGCAGACCAACGCAUCGACACCUCUGAGGAAGAGAACUGGGAGGCGGCAAAGGAGAGGGUAUCGAAGUUGUAGAUCACGAACAGGCUUCAGUUAUUGUCGCAAGCGAUCACCUUGAAGAAUGUGAAGGAAUGAAACAAAUUGUUCACCACCUUAUCUAUGUGUUCGGUCUUUGAGUGCACCUUUUUGAACGCUGAGAUCUGGGGUAGUCGCGAGCACGGACGUAAACACGCAACGUCAUCCCUUCGGAAAGGCGGCAGCAGCUG